UAUCAUUUUGUACAAUAAUAAUUGUAUGGAGUGGUAAAUCUAAUUUCAAGUUGUGCUGCAUCACUGCACACUGUAUAAUGUACUAAUCUAUUUAUUUAUGUCGUUACUCGUCAUGUAUCAAUACACGGAUACGGACAACUUGUCUAUUAGUAUAUACCAUAGAAUAUAGAUAAGAUGGUUUCAUCCACGAAUUAUGAUAUGGUUUAUGAUAAUGGUUUCAUAGAAUUUGAACGUUAUAAACAACUCUACUAAUAGCUUAUACUCUAUAACUUCUCAUAAAUACUAAUAUUUACUGCUCAAGUCGCUCAUGAUCGGAGUUUUAGAAGCUCUUGCUUAUGCUUAUAAAUUAUUACCUAAAUGGAUACAUAUAAAUCAUAAACAAUUAACAAUCAUUAGUUAAAUAAUAACUUAAUAUACUUGAUAAUCGUAACGUUAUUUAAAUAAUUAAAUCACUUUAAUGGAAUUUGCUACUGCUGAUGUAAAAUUCGAUUCUGAUAGAACAUCAGUCACUAUAUUACAAGAGGUAUUAAAUACACAAGGAGUUCGCACUGUUCAAUAUGAGUUGCUACAAACUGAAGGGGCUAUCAGUGCACCAUCAUUUCAAUAUCGUGUCACAGAUGGUCGAUUUGUUGCAUAUGGCCAAGGUAUCAAUUUUUUUCGAUACAUGCAUUUAAUAAUUCUAGCUUAUUUUAAAAAAUCGAUAGGUAGUACCCCAUCGUUUUUUUAGAUUUUUUUUUCAAAAUGUGUGUUUUUGUGUUGUUAAAUGUAAAAAAAAGUCGAACUUCGUUUGAAAGUUAUAGGAGAAAACUUCACGAAGUUCGGGUUUUCCGUUUCGCGCAUUUUUUAGCUAAAAAUUUUUUUUCGAAAUGUGUAUAUUUAAUGUUUAAUCCAUUGGUAUAAUUAAAGUUUACCUAUCAUACUUACUUUUGUAGUUAUUGUACAUAAACCUUGAAACAUAGCAUUUUCAAAAUUAAUCGUGAUUUCACAUCACAAAUUGAGGGUUAUUUUCAAUUAAGACGUUCGAGCAAGCGUAGCAGGCGAGUGACCCCGCCACUUCUUUAGGUGCAUCCAAAAUGCUAUUUUUCAAGAUUUAUGUACAAUAACUACAAAAGUAAGUAUGAUAAGUAAACUUUGAUUAUACCAAUGGAUUAAACAUUAAAAACACACAUUAUAAAAAAAAAAAUUGAAAAUGUUAGAUAAAUUCUAACUAAGAAACACUCGAAACGGAAAACCCUGAUGCUAAAACACAAAUUUUGAAAAAAAAUAUUUAAAAAAUCGAUUGGUUUCGAUUUUUGAAACUACAAUCAUUCCAAUUAAUUUUUGUAUUUAUAAUUUAAUAUACCAUAUAAUUUAGGUAAAUCAAAAAAAGAAGCCAAACAUAAUUCAGCUAAAAAUUUAUUACGGGUUAUUCAAAAAGAAUUUCCAGAACUUUGUUCUGGUCCUUCAAUAGAAUCCCAUAUUGAUAGUACUUUGGGCUUGAAUGAAACUUUUGAAACUAUGAAUUUCGGAGACAAUGAUGAACGCAAUCCAAUUGGCAUGCUUCAGGAACUCUGUACAUCACUCCAUCUUCCUCCUCCAAUUUACAGAACAGUAAGUGAAGACGGCCUCCCACAUCAACGUCUUUUCACUGUUUCAUGUAAUGUGUUAGAAUAUAAUCAAACGGGUGUGGGGAAAUCUAAAAAAAUCGCCAAACGUCUUGCUGCUAAUAAUCUUUUUUUGAUGUUAAAAACGUAAGCAAAUUAAAUAUUUUUAACAUUAAUAUAAAUACGUUUUUAUUUUUAUAAUUUGUUUAAUUGUUAGGAAACAGGAAGAUAUCAUUCAAAACCCAAGAAUAACCGAAAAUAUGGAUGACUUUGUACGGCAAGAAUCCAACAAUCUAAGCGGUAUGAAAAAUUCAAAAUCAACUAACAUAUUUCAUCAUUUACAUGAAAUUCAUAGAAUUUUACCAUUAACUGAAGGCCCUAUUUAUGAUUAUAUAAAACAAAUGACGGAUGAACAAAUAUUAUUAUGCGACAGUAAAAAAAUUUUAGAUGAUUUUACUACUGAACAACAACUAAAAGCAUCAUACAUUGAUUUUGAGGAAAUUUCGCAUGUUGGUACAUAUCAAACAUCUAUUCUCAUACCUACUCCAUUUACAUUAGCUUUUCCAGGUGAAUCCAUUAUUAGCUAUGAAAAAGCUCAAGAAGAUGCUGCUUGUAGAGCAUUAGAAUUUUUUAAAUGUAUAUUGAGCAACAGAGCAUUAAAUGUGAAACCAUAAGUCUGUUAAUUUUAACCUAUUUUAAAACAUUACUAAAUAUUACUCUAUAUAAUCUCAAUUGGAGUAUCAUUUUUUAAAAUAAAUUAUGUUAUGGACUUCAUUUAUGUGUUAAGUUAGUAACAUAAAUAUAAGUAUAAUUUUACUACAAAGCAGAAAAAUAGUAAUUAAAAUAUUUUAUUUUAUUAUUUAUAUAACUGUUACUCACAAUUUAUUAAGUUUCCUAAAUAUUCUAUCCGUUUUUCUAUUUCCUGGUGUGAUGUUAUUAAAGUUUCAUCUUCUCCUGUUAAGAAAUUAUUCUGUUUCUUAUAACCUUCACUGAUCAUUUUGAUACUUUGGUACAUUUGACUAGUUCUGUUAUCUCAGUUAUAUAGUUUGGUUCAUUUUUGUUACUUGGUUUUGUUUUUAUAUUAAUUUCUCUCUUCUAAGGAUUCUGUUAGUUUCCCUUCGAUAUUCUUUAUAUUUUUUUGCUUUCUCUUCAUUCAAAUAGUCACAACCCGUUCCAGGACCAGAGUUCCUAGUGUCUUUUCUUUUGUUAAGAGCUAUUUUGCAUAUUAUGUUAAACAAUGGCUUGCUGGGAUUUUUAUUUUUAUUACCUAUUACUACUUCUGAUACAGAUUUGAUCGUAUUUUGUAUAGCUUUCCAUAUCUCAUCAAGUGUGUCUAGCGUAUUUGAACUUAUGGUGGCCAUUUAGCUACUUAUCUUAUGUUUACUAAUACUAUUAAAUGUUUGAUUAUUAGGUUUGGAAAUAUUAUAUUUGUAUAAUAUUGUGCAAUUUCUUUUCUUUUUCCUUUUAAGUUUUAGUCUCAAUUUGACUUUCACUAAAUAAUGGUCGGAGUCUUAGUCUGCUCCUCUAACAGUACUUAUAUCUUUUAUGAAGUUCAAACACAUGAUCAACUUGAUUCGUAUAUUUUCCAACUUAUAAAUGGUUCUAUGGAAGAACAUACUUUUUAUCACUAGACCUUUACCAACUAUUUGUUCAAUAAAUCUUAGGUCAUUAUCAUUUUGUUAUAUCAUGUAGACUGUGUGAACUGAUUGUUGGUGUUUAAACACCUUUUUUUUCCUAUUUUUGCGUUUAGAUCUCCCAGUAUUAUGCAUAUAAUAUUAUUAAGUAAAGUUUUUACUGUAUUUUCAAAAUUCAUGUCAGAUUAAGUUAAAUUUAAUAGUUUUAAUAAAAUAUUCUGGAUAUUUUACUUGUUUUGUUUAACUAUUUGUGACUGGACUUUCUAUUUAUUACAUAUGGUAUAUUAUU